AUGGCACUCGCAGGGCUAGAUGAAGAGCUUACACGAAAGAUUCGUUCCGCCCGGCCUAAACCUGCGCCGAGUGCUCGGCGGGGGGAAGCCUACCUUGAAGGCCGUGGAAGCGGAGAAACUCACGAGCUGCGAGAUGCAGCUGCUGCGGACGCUCUGCUGGUCGCUCGCGUGACGAGCCUGGCCCCGCUCUUGCAUGCCACUCGCGUGGCUGGAAAGUCGAUUCAGGCUGCUGCAGCGGGCCUGCUGCGGAGUACGAGGAGCAUCGCGGCAGAUGCGACCUUCCAGAAGCAACUCGAGGACAAAGAUCCUCCGGCAGCUUCUGGGACCAAGGCCAUGAUCGACGCAUUCCAGGGCAUCGGACAGGCUUUGGCUGACUUGGCCGCCAAUCUUUCAAACCAAGUCCUGGCUCCGCUGGAAGCACUCUCCAACAGCCUGAAGGAGGAGUGCGUGGAGGAGAGGCUGAGGCUUUUGGAGCUUGAUCAGCAGGACCUGGCCUGCUCGCGAGCGGUUGCAGAGACCCUGAAGCAGAAGGAGCGGACAUCCGCUGAGCUGCAGACCAUCGCACGACAGGAGAACAGCCGAAGCUGGUUCCGGCGGCCUCAGGCUCGUUUGGAGGAGAUGGCAGCUAUGGAGACUGCAGUGGUGGAAGAGCUCGCCAGUAAGAUGGACCAACAAGCAGCCUUGAAGCGAAGCAAGGACCAAUGCAUGGAACAGUUCCGGCGCUCUCUGAAGCAGUUGGAUGACAGAUGUGCAUCUCAUCUUCAUGUUGUGGCUGACGACUUCAGCCGUUCAUUGCUUGGCGCCACGGAGAAGAUUGGACAGGUCGCAGGAGCUGUAGCUGGGAUGCGUGACAGCCCCAAGAGAGAGAGCGACACCCUGAAACCGCCGAAGACCCUCCUGGCAACACUGACUACGGUGGGUGAGCCAGGAUCUCCUCCAGCCCGUGUGGCCACUGGAAUGCAGCAGCCAGCGCUGCAACCACGAGAUGACAGGACAGACAGCGAGCUCUGCGAACUCGAUUCUCAAGCCCAAGCUCCUCAAAUUGAGUUUGCUGGCACACCAAGCUCGCGUACAGGCCACACACGAGAAUCCAGCACAGGAAGCCAGGUUCGUGAAGGCAUCGCCGCAAAGGACAACCUGCCUGAAUUUGCAACUGCUGCAUUUGAAGCCUCUGUUGAAUAUGCUUCGCCUUCGCCCAAAGAUACACUGAAAGCACUACCUGUGGAAGCCGAACAUCCCGACAGUGAGUCCGACUCGCACCCUUGGAGCCUUGAGCUUCAUUUCGAUGAGCAUGUAAAGAAACUUGGCUUUGAGAUCGUGUGGGAGGCUGAGCGCCCCUGUGUGGGAAGCGUCGUUCCAGGCGGCGAGGCAGAGAGAGCUGGCUUGGUGCCAGGCGCGGUAAUCAUGGACAUGAAUGGUAUUUCCACAUUGGGGAAGUCACGCGACGAGCUGAUGCCCUUGUUGAAGAUUCGGCCUUUGCAACUAAACGCGCACAUCCCCGGAGGGCAGUUGGUGGACAGCCAUUAG